AUAACUGUAAAUGUAUUGUAAAAAAAUGGAAGGCAAAAGUGUGAUUUUAAGUUUGCUCAUAAUGAGUCUGGUGGUCAUGGUGCAAAUUAAAGUAGAAGCAAGAGUCUGCUGCCCAUCCCAACAGAGUAGAAAUGCCUAUACAGCAUGCCUAAUUGUAUUCUCCAGGUCAAGUUGUCUACGUGCUAGUGGAUGCUUAGAAAUUUCUGGAAAUGUCUGCCCUUCAGGAUAUCCUAACGACAUUCUCGAAAACUCUGGUGAUCAUGCUAACGAAUACUGCAAGUUGGGGUGUACAUCCUCGGUGUGUGGUGCCAUGACCAGUCUCCAUAACUCGGGUGCAGGUGAAAUUGUGAAUGAAGCGUUUGAACAGUGUGCUAAUGCAUGUGCUACUUUCUGCAACAAGGGCUCUGUUAAGCCUGCAGCUGAAACUGCCUAAAGAACCACCAUAUCUAAGAAAGUAUCACAUCUAAGUGUUGGUUGAAGUCUGUGUGUAAAAUUGUUGUUAUGAAAAUGUGCUGAAAAUGCUAGACUUUGGUGCUAGUAUUUUAAGAAGUUGUUUCUGGUUUGUGUAUGCGUUUAGAAGGUUAUCGACCUAUAUUGUAUAUGCCUUCUACUUGCUAUCAUCUAAAUAAAGAUUAUAUGU